AUGGUGGACUACAUGACAGUAGUCGACGCCGACGAUCCUACAGGGACAAAAUUCGACAGCAAGGCCGAAUUUUACUACCGCAACGUCGACAUUGUGCUCCAACGCUUUGGCUGUCACGCCAAGUACAGCGUCUACGGAUGCGACGACUGCCGGGAAGCGUACAAGUACUGGAUCUGCAGCAUUAAGUUCCAAAAGUGCGGCUCACAGACUGUGACGACCGAUAGAGGCGCCACAAAGCUGGUCUAUUCGACGGACACGUGCGACUACUCGACCACGGCGACGACCACUUCAACGAUGGCGAGCAGUACCAAAAGUAGCAAAACGACCUCUUCUUCUUGUGUCGAAGGCUCUUCUGGACGUUAUCGCACGUGUCUAUCGAUCUGCGAAGAUGUCGUGAGGAAAUGCCCCUAUGUGCUCAACUUUCAGUGCCCGACGACCGAGACGCCCUUCUUCUCAGCCGAUAUCGCAACUUGCAAUAAGCUAGACCGAGCCGCCAACCCGGAUCGUCCAAGUCGCCCGUGGCCAGGCACAUUUGCAGACGCGUAAAAACGAUAUUAGUUCGUCUUGCAGCUUUCGCGUACCU